AUGCAAGAUCAUCCAACUCCGAUGACAACACGAACCUCAAGUGCAGGGAACAUGAGGUCAAGGGCAUCAACCCCAUCACUAGAAAAUCAAACACAUGUCCAUGAUCCCCAUAAUAUUUUGUCUUAUCAGUUUGAUGAAUGUUUCGCAUGGGGAAUGAACAAUGGCCAACUUGGAAGCCACCAAGAAAUUCAACAAGAUACUCUCAUCAAUGUUGUUUCAGUUCCGACAAGAAUCAGUGUAGAACAAUUUUUAAAUAGUAAUGAACAAAUUGGAUUUGUUGCUUCGGGAGGAAGUCACACAGUUAUCAUUACAAACCACCACAGAGUACUUUCAUUCGGUAAAAAUCAAAAUGGACAGCUUGGCCACGGUAAUUUUGAGGACUCCCCAACUCCUAAGGAAGUUACCUUUGAUUUAGAGGACGAUUUUAUUGUUUACUGUGCUUGUGGCGACCGUCACACAAUAUUUCUCACCAACAAAGGGAGAGUAUAUGUAUGUGGGGCUAACUUCAAUUCUCAGCUUGGGCUAGGUCAUAUGAGUAAUGUAUCAUCUCCAACACUUGUUGAACAAAUGACAUCAAGAAAAAUUAGAAGAGCAUCCUGUGGAGCUAGACACACAGUAUUAAUUACUGGAAAGGGUAAAAUUUUUACUGCCGGGCUUGGUGCCUUUGGUCAGCUAGGUCAUGGCGAUUUUGAGGAUCAACCUUACUUUAAGCAUAUUGAGGAUAUUGAUUGGAGUUGUUCUGCAUGUUCAAGCAAAGAACAUGUUAAUGUCGCGUUAAGCUCUAAUUAUGAUGUGUACCAAUGGGGUGGAAGAAGUGUUGAUUCGGAAAGCGAUCAAAUUAAGGAUUGUGUUCCAACUCUCUUGUUCAGUUCCUUAAACGGCCGUAGAAUUGUACAAGUUGCUGCAAGUACUUACCAUGCAUUAGCUAGGACUUCAGACGGUAGCGUUUAUUGUUGGGGUUACAAUCUUGACAAUGCUGGAUAUUUACGAUUACUGAAGCACCUUGAAAUGAGUGACGAAAAUCUACUACACAAGCCAUUCCUUGUUGAAUCUGAAAAACAGCUUUCUGAGAAGGGGUUAGACUUGUCACCCAAAUAUAUCAUUAAGAAAAAUGAUUUAACUGUAUACAGAAACCACUUUUUCAGCAACAACAAGGUUACUUGGAUUGCAUGCACAGAAACUUGUAACUAUGUAGUCACAGAUAAGGGAGAUGUAUAUGUUUUCGGAAAGGGAAAUUAUGGAGAGUUAGGAUUAGGUGACAAUAGAACGAGCUACGUUGAUUACCCUGAGAAAAUUCUAGCAUUAGAAGGAAAAAAGGUGGUGAGAGUAAUGGCUUCAACUCAUUCAGCUUUUGCUUUGACAUGUAAAAAUUCAUUGCAUCAAGACGAUAAUUUAUUUUUUGAAACGAAACUGGAGCAAACACCACAAGAAAACCAGAAGUAA